AAAUUGUUAAGCUCAAGCCAAGAUCUCAAGGGGAUAAAAGGAAUCAGGUAACGUCUGGGUUUUGGGGGGGAAAGAAUAGAACAUUGGCUGAGGUCUAUCUCUGACAGGUUGAGUCUGAAAGAGGAUCCAGAAGGCCCAGGGGGUGGAGGGAUCAGCAGGGCAGGGUGGUGGGGGAGGGGCCGUGGUCCAGCCUCCUCCUCUCAGCAUCCCCCACCCUCGGGAGCCCUUUGUGAUGAGGCCACAGCUCUGUGAUGCAGGCCUGGGCCCUGGUCAAGAGGCCCAAGGGAAACUCCCAGGGCUCAGUUGCUUUAGGGCAACAGUGCGAUUCAGAAGAUGAAGAAUAAUCUCCUGCCUCUGAAAAGCAUUAGUCCCCCAUGGGUGGGGGGUUCCUGGGUGUCCAAUAUCUUCCUGGUCUUUAUUUGUGGACUGGCGCUCUUCCUCCUGUUUGUACUCUGCCGCCAGAGGGACCCAUCCUCACCAAGGCCUGGGCAGAAAAGAAGCGUCAGGAAGCACCCAGUGGAGAGGACAGGGAGGAGGCCCAAGAGCAGGGACAACAACAGCGCUCUGAAAGUUUGCAGAGACUGCCUGAGGGAACUGGAAGGCGCUCGGGACCUGACUUUGCUUCUGCAGAGCUACCUGGAGAAGCUCCCUGACAAGAGGGGCUCUCAUCAGCUCUCAUGCCCAGACCCCCCGGGGGAGGAGUGCAACCCAGCACCUGCCAGCGCCCACCGGCCACGUGCGGAGCGUGUGCAAGAUGCUUCUCCUGCCACCUCGUCCCCACUGGCAUCCCCAGCUCCCUUGACCGAGCACCCCCCGCCUGUGGCCUCCACGCUGUCAGUACAACCUCAAGGAGACCAAUCUGACUUGAAGAAAUCCCCCCCAGGCACCGUCCCAGAGAGCUCACCUCCAGGUUACUCUUGUUUGGUGCCUGCUGUGUGGGCCAUCUCAGCCCUUGAACGCACCAUUUUGUUCCUCUCCCGGUGGUGGGCAGCUGCCAAGGCCCUGUUCUCCCCCAUCUUGCCAUACUGCAAGUCCCAGCAAGAGCCUCUUCGCCACCAUCCACCAGGAGCUUGGUUCUGGGGAGACCCCACAUAUAGGCAGAUAGAGGCUGGUGGCCCCACUUUCCUCAACCCUUAUGUCUGGAAGCUCCUGGAUAUAUUCAUCACUAAGCGAGCAGCAUUGAAGCUGGGGAAGGAGAAAGAAAAGGAAGGGUCACUUCUGAAACAAAUGAGCCCAGACUACCCCCGGGGUUCUCUGGGGAACAUGUUAAAGUCACUGGGUGAGGAGCAGGAUAACAGAACCCCAUGCCCCUUCUGGAACAUGCAAGACAAACCAGAGCAGCUGUCUGGUCCUCAGGGUGAAUUCCCAGGGAGGGGUUCAUGUGGGGCAGAAGGCAAGCACAGGGCUUCCCUACCCUCCCAGCCUCCUGGGUCUGCAGGUGAAAGCAGCAAGGAAGAACAGAAGAUGAGGUCCAGGCACUCUGGAAGAUUCUCUUGGAAGGGCUCUCUAGGGGUCAGAGAAGAAGAGGACCCAACUGGGGAUCUAGGGCAAGAUCUGGAAAGAGUCCCAGAAGAUCCAUGUACAGGUUCAAGAAAUACCUCAGUGAAGGUUCUGAAGGAGGAGGAGGAGGCAGAUGGUGACUUGAUUAGGCCCCGGGGGCAUAAAUCGGAAAAUUACUUACCCAGGGGCCCAGGGAAGCAGCAGCUUGAAAAAUCUCUGAAAUCUCACUUGGAGCGGAAGCUGGGGAAGAUCCACAAGGGCAUGGUCCCUGUGCGUGUGCGGCGGUCCUGGCUUACGGCCAGCCAUGCCGUUGCCAAGUCUGACACCCUCAUAAACCCCAGAAACCUGGCACCCCAGAGCAGUCAGAAAUGCUGUGUGAACACCUCACAGGAGCUUUCCUUCCUUGAUCCCGGCACUCAACAGACGCUACAAGUACAUAUUAUACGGUUUCGGGUGAGGCACAGGUGGAGUUCCAACCUCCAGUCCCGGGAGCCCAUAAAUCUCAAGGCUCAACCCCCAUCACUUGCACUCUCCACCAUUCCCUCCGUGGACAUCGGUGAAUUUGGGGACAACUCCAUAGUCGAGGCUGCCAGUUUCCUGGGAGAAUCACCCUUAGGAAGGUCCAAGAGAGAAGGCGAUAACAGAAAGUCAGUUCUCACCCUGACUGGUUUUCUCCCUGUCCCCUCACCAAACUCCAACACUUAAUAUGCACGUGAGUGUAGGAUCUCUGGGGACCAGUAAAAUCUCCCAAUGAGCUACAAUUUCUGUUCCCCAGGAUCCAGAAGAGCUAUGUCUCCCAUAAUAAACUGGAUACAUGCAGAGAAAACCUGCUUUCUCAUGCUA